CGCUGCUGGGGGCUUCUCUUUCUGUAAUCCAUUUCUCUUUCGCUCCUGUGCUGGUCUCUUCCUCAAAAUACCAUGAACAUGCUACGGUGCAGCGGAGGCCUUUCCCGGGCUCUUCGCCGUCAACAUCCACGGGCCCUUCCGAACUAUACACUGCCCAUUCCUCGUCGACUAUUUCAUGGAGCCGCGCCCUUGUGGGGAGUUAAAUCGCAAGUGCUAAAGGAUGUCGGCGAGGGGAUUACGGAGGUCCAGAUCAUCCAAUGGUACGUUGAAGAAGGGGCACGUAUCGAGGAAUGGAAGCCGCUAUGUCAAUACCAAUCCGAUAAGGCAGUCGACGAUAUCACGUCUAGAUACGAAGGCGUGGUCAAGAAGCUUCACUUUCAAGCCGACGACACAGUCCCGACAGGCAAGGCACUAUGCGAUAUUGAAGUCGAGGACGGAAAAUACCCUGACGACAGCCCGCCUAAACCCACCCCGGAGCCCAUGAUCGCAACACCUGAGCCACCCAAUCCGCAACCCACACAACCCCAGCAAACCCAACAGGCUUCUCAACCUCUACAACCGCAGGUCAGCAUCAGUGUCCCGAAAUCAAUCCAUGCAACUCUCGCAACCCCAGCAGUCAGAGGGCUGCUAAAAACCCUGAAUGUCAAUAUCGAGGAGGUUCAAGGCACAGGCAAGGAUGGCCGGGUUUUGAAAGAGGAUGUACAGCGGUUCGCUAUGAGGCGUGACUCUGGAGUCACUGCAAGGUCCACAGCGCUGGAAGAGUCGCAAGCUGAAACAGCAGUCAAAUUAUCACCAAUCCAGUCCCAAAUGUUCAAGACCAUGACCCGCUCUCUCACCAUCCCUCAUCUGCUGUUCGCAGACGAGCUCAACAUCAACGCCGUCAACUCCAUGAGAAGGAAGCUUGCAGCCGACUGCAAAGAUCCAAAGAAGAUUACCUUCUUGUCGUUUGUCGUCAAGGCAGUAUCGCUUGCGCUCAACGAGUACCCCCUUCUUAAUGCAAGGGUUGACGCAACCAACCCAGACAAGCCACAAAUCAUCAUGCGCUCUAAGCAUAACAUUGGCAUUGCAAUGGACACCCCGCAAGGGCUGAUUGUUCCUAACAUCAAAGACGUCGCUAAUCGCUCGAUCUUGGAUGUAGCAUCAGAGUUGACGCGACUCAGUGCUCUGGGCAGGGAAGGGAAGAUAACACCUGCCGACCUCAGCGGUGGUACUAUCACUGUCUCUAACAUUGGGAACAUUGGCGGUACUUAUGUCGCACCGGUACUCGUUCCGACGGAAGUGGCAAUUAUGGGUAUCGGGAAGGUCAGGACUCUACCUGUCUUCGACGAAGCAGGCCAAGUCACGAAAGGGGAGCUCGUCAACUUUAGCUGGAGUGCUGAUCAUCGCGUGGUGGAUGGCGCGACCAUGGCACGGAUGGCGAAUAGAGUGCGGGAGCUGGUUGAGAGCCCUGAACAAAUGCUUGUGAGCCUGCAGUAGCAUAGAGAGAGUUUGUAUCCAGUCAGCGUCAAAGAACAGCCCCUAUCUUGUCUUUCAGCUUCCUUUUACGAAGGGGCUCAGCGUUUCAGAAACCCAUGGUUAGCGAUGUUGAUGCGAGAAUUGUAAUAAUGAAUGGACAUGAUUAUAA